ACUUUAUAGUUCCUAAAUUCAGUGAUAUAACUUCGUAUAGAGUUAUGUUCACGUGUGAGCGAAACUCAGGUAUGAUUACACGUGUUUGACUGUAAAAUCCAUCGUGUGGUAAUUGUUACUUUUUGAAAAAGUUGUAAUUAAUUAAUUACAAUGAAACAAGAAACACAUCGACCAGGUACGCUCAAGCAGAGUAAUAAACAACACAAAACUGGAAGGCACCGUAGUAAAAGUGUUAUUAACAAUUUUAAAGGUAAACAGAAUGUUAUCAAAAUAACAAAACGUCUUAAAAAAGAUCUACAGAAGGAUGCUCGUAGAAAUCAAUUAUUACAAAUGAGAAAGAAGAAACGCGAGGAAGUAUUAGCACAGAAAAGAAGUCUUUCUGGCUCUUCUUCCGCACCUUUCCUUAUUUGUGUUAUACCUUUGCAAGGUGAUAUAAAUAUAAAGAAUAUUAUGUCUGUUAUAACUAAUGUGGAUGAAACUGCUAACGUUGCUACUAGUUCUUGUGGAGUCACACAUAUUGGCAUACCAAGAUUGAAACAGCGGUUUUCCAUCAUUGUACCACCAAUAGGUAAUGUUUUAGCAACAUUAGAUGCAGCCAAAGUUGCUACCACAAUACUUUUUGUAAUUUCUGUCACAAAUGAGGAAAAUAAUGAUACAGAAAGAGAAGUUAUAGAUGAUUGGGGCAAGGAAAUUCUUAUGUCUUGUCUUGCUCAAGGUUUACCCUCUACUAUAGUUGCAGUAAACAAUAUUCAAAAACUUCAUGUUAAAAAACGUCAAGGAUAUAAGCAGUCUGUGCAACGUAUAAUUUCAAAGUGGCUUUCUGAAGAAAAAGUGUUUGAAUUAGAUACAUCAACUGAUUGUUUGAAUGUGUUGCGACGUGCUGGAUCACAGAAACAAAGAAAUGUAUUUUACAAGGACAAAAGGCCACACAUUCUGGCUGAAGAAUUCUCUUUUGAUUGUGAUGAUGACUCUGUUGACUUUGGAACUUUAACAGUCACUGGAUAUUUACAAGGUACAACACCAUUAUCUGUUAAUAGUUUGGUUCAUAUACCAGGUUUGGGAGACUUUCAAAUGUCACGCAUUGAAGUGCCAGAUGAUCCAUAUCCAGUUGAACAUACUGAGCGGAAGAAACGUCUAUCUGAUGACAAAAUGGAGAUAGAAAUGAAAAACUGUACUACAGUCUUUCAAGUUGCAGAUCCUGAAAAACAGGAAUCUCUCGAAAGUGAACAUAUCCCUGAUCCAAUGGAUGCCGAACAAACAUGGCCCACAGAGGAGGAAUUGGCUGAAGCAGCGGCAGUCAAUAAAAGUAAAAAAAUUGUAAAGAUUGUACCAAAAGGUACCUCCGAGUAUCAAGCUGCAUGGAUACCGGACGAAGAUGGAGAAAGCAUCGAUGCAUAUUCAGAGAAUGAAUCCGAAGAUAUGUCCAUGGAAGAUGCAAGAUCCGAAGCAGACAGUAGUAAAGAUCUGGAUGACGAUGAAGAGUAUGAAACUAUCACAAUAUCGGAAGCACCGGUGGAUGAGAAUCAUUACGAUCAAGAUAUCGAUAUGCUUGAAGAGAAACAAGCUAUAAAAAAAUUCAACGAAGCGAAAUUGGAUGCGCAAUUUCCGGAUGAAGUGGACACACCUCAGGACGUAUUGGCUAAAAUAAGAUUUCAGAAAUAUCGAGGCCUCGAAUCAUUUCGCACCAGUCCAUGGGAUCCAAAGGAAAAUCUUCCCGCCGAUUAUUCUCGGAUAAUUGAGUUUGCAGAUUACGAUCGCAGACGAAAACGUAUUUAUAAAGAAUGCGGAGAUAUUGAUGGCGCUUUGCCAGGAUGGUACAUAAAGCUUCAUAUCAUUCGCGUUAGCAGAGAAACUUUCAAGGCGUUUGCUACGAUAGAGAAUCAACCGUUAAUAGUAAUUGGUUUACUACCGUACGAACACAAAAUGUCUCUCCUGAAUGUUGUGCUAAAGCAUAACAAUAAUUAUACUCAGCCGAUAAAAUCAAAAGAAAAAUUGAUAUUUCAAUGCGGUUUCAGACGAUUUACAGCAUGUCCGAUAUUCAGUCAACAUACAAACAGUACCAAAUAUAAGUACGAGAGAUACUUUCACCCUGAUAAUACUAUCGUGGCGAGUAUGUACGCACCAGUUACUUUUACACCGUGUCCAACUCUUUGUUAUACUGAAAACAAAAGUGGCAAGCUUGAAUUGGUUGCGAUCGGAAGUGUAUUAUCUGCUAAUCCGAAUAGAAUUGUUUUGAAACGUGUCGUUUUAAGUGGACAUCCCUAUAAGGUGAACAAGAAAACUGUGGUUGUGCGAUUCAUGUUUUUCCAUCGUGAGGAUAUUGAAUGGUUCAAGCCUAUCCAAUUGCGGACAAAAUAUGGACGUAGAGGUCAUAUAAAAGAACCUCUUGGCACGCACGGACAUAUGAAAUGUAUUUUCAACGGUCAACUAAAAUCGCAGGAUACGAUUUUUAUGAAUCUGUACAAACGAAUAUUCCCGAAAUGGACUUACGAACCUUUGCUAUUAACGCAACCGUUCUGUCAAUCUGAAGUUAUGAAUGUAGAAUAAUUUCUAUUUUUCUUAUUUUCAUUCAAGCAUCUGUCUAAGUUAACUGGAAUGAGCGCAUUUUGGAAGAUAGAUUUAUAAAUACAUGAUACGAAUCAAACUUC